UUUUUUGUAUCUUGCUUUAUCUUGUGCACCCCACGACUCUAUAUCAUUUUGUUGCAAUGACGACAUUUAUUAAAACCUUAUUCCCCCCUCCGCGGAUUAUUUUCACCGAACAUGAUUCGUUUAUCGAAGAUGCAGUCGGUCGUUCGAUUGCAAUUGCACAUGACGACUCUUACAUGAAGACCUCAAAAAGCUAAAUAUUAUCGAGAAGGGUAUUUACUUUUUCAAAAAUUUUGUGUUCCGAAACACAAUUAAAUAACGACCGCAUUUGUAAAUUCGACAUUUUUUACUUCUAAGUUGUACCCGUCACAAACAAUUUCAAUUAUCCCGUUCAUUUUUACCUAAACAACCUACUUGUAAUUCUUAAAUUUCAAGAUUAUUCCGAAAAUGACUUCGAGCGCUGAGAGCUCGGCCAGCAGCGCCAAGCGCAGUGCAAGUAGUGCGAGCGGCAGCAGCAAAGCAAGAGGCAAAAAGCGCGGCCCGUCUAGCGGUACUAGCACCUCCAAAAAGCAAGCUUCUGGUGCGGUAUCGUCCGCAGCGAGCAGCAACAGCGCAGUUGCGGCACUUACGCGAGCGAACCAGAGCCGAAUCGCGUCGUUGCGCGCACGAAUCAACGGAAUUUUCUCCUCCAAAGAGGCGACUUCUGGAGGACGAGAUGUCGAGCAACCCACCCCGGUUGUUUCCUAUCUGUCGCCCACACCAACGCAGGCCCAGGACGGUGCCACGGACGACAACACACGCCACCAGCAGAUACCGCCGAUCAAUCGGUGCGACGCCAUGGGCUAUUUCCCCCUGCGCGCCCGCGGACCGCGGGCGCACUUGUUGGCGCAGGACGCGCUCGCGGACCACGGGCCAAAAGAUCGAGACCAGCAGAACAACCCUAUGGUCGUGAUCAAGAAGCCGGCGGUUUUUCACAGCUGGAGCAGCGCGUCCAACCAAAACGCCGCGAAUGCGCAGAAUACGUGGAAUGCAAAGUGGGCGUUCCGCAGCCCGCUUGUGGUUUUCUGGGUGACGAUUGUGGUCUGGGUUUCGUUGUUCAUUACCCGCAUGUUCAUGGGCCCUCCAGUUGCAGCCGCACCCGAAGGCCAGCACCCCGCCGCGGCCGGAAUUGUGCCACCCUUCGCGCCGGCGACGAUUCCCACCAGCACGGUCAACGACCCCAAGGCCGCGGCGAAAGUCGCCCCGCCGCUGGUCGUCCCGGCGUCGCACUUGAGCAUGCCUUUCUUUUACUUCACGGGCUUCCCCGUGCUGCUCCUCAUGGCGCUGUUCGCGGUGCGGCAAGUGAUCGGCGCGCUGGCGGCGUACUGGAACAUCAAUGGCACGUGUGACAUCGAUUGGGCGGAUCGGUUUGCGAAAAAGGUGACCUUUCUGCAGAACCUCUUCGCCGCCCGCCAGGGCCAGGAGGGCCAGGUGCAGAGUCUGGAACUCCCGAAGCACUUCCUGCUGCUGCCGUUGCCGGACAACUUGAUGCUGCAAAACAGCGAGCUCAACGAGCACCACCAUUUGCAAAUGUGGAUCGACCAAGUCGCGGCGUACCAAGCCAUCAGGGGCGCAGCCGAUGCGGACAGCACUUCUCCUGGCCCGACCUUUUGUGAGCAGCACGUCGUCCUCUUUUUGCUGAAGUGCAGCGCGAAGAACGCAGCCGACGGCACGAACGGCGGUGACAGUUCGACUGCAGAGAUGAUGAGCAACUCCUAUGGCACUGCAUCAACUUCGGAAGUCGCGGCUCGCCGGGAGCAACAAAUGCAGCAGAAGCAGCAACUGCUGACCAAGUUGGUGGCGAAGAACAAACACAAGUUCCUGGAUCUGCGCGUCAUCGACGCGCCCGCGCAUCUGCCGCAGGCUGAGUCGCUCACCGCCUCGAAGUACAGCUGGGGCGUGCUGUCAGUGCAGGAGUGGCUCCGCGUACAGGAGCAGCACGACCAGCAGAGCGGGACGUCGACCACGACGAACGACGAAAGGGCCGCAAAGAACAAAAAUCAGUUCGUUUCCGACGGCAACGCCUGGAUCACGUGUUGCGACGCGCACGCCUUCCUGCACCACAACUACUUGCCGAAGCUGAGCUUGGACAUUUUGGACCUGCAGAACCGGAAGACGCACCGCGAGCACCCCUCCGCGAUGCACACCAUCUUCCAGCCCCCGGUGCUGCACCUCCGCAGCUACGAAAAGCUGAAUUUCGGCUUUGUCCGUGCCGGCGCCAUGUACCGCACCCUGCAGCAGUGCGCCAACCUGUGGUGGAACGAGGGCGCCUCCUCGUCCACCCUCGCGAGCGCCGUGGACAAGCGCUGUUUCUCGCUGAAUCUGGACCUGCUUGUGAACAACCACUUCGUGGACGGCAUCUCGUCCGACUCCCAGAACGUCGGCGCGGUCGUGGCCGCGAAGGCGGUUCUGUCCGAGCGGUGGAUGGAUCUGAUCGAGAAGCAGAUCAAGCUGGACGAGGAGCACUUGGAGCAGCUCGAGAAGGAGCAGAUGGAGGACGAAGACCUGCGGUCCCCCGAAGAGCAGCAGCGGCUGGUCGAGCAGGCCUGUGCGAUCCGGAAGGCCGUCGCGGCGCAGCGGGAGGUGCAGCAGAAGCGGCAGAUGCUGCAGUUGCAGAGGAUCGCCGCGGAGAAGUUCGCGCGGAACCAGAAGCUGAUGCGCACGCCGCUGCUGCAGCGCGCCCCGGAUGGCCGGAUGGAGAACUGCGUGAUGCUGGAGGAGGAGAUGGUGGAGAACGAGUACAUCUUCAAGGAGGUGGAGCGCUUGAUCUCCGCGGAGACGCCGCAGCGCAACGCAGAGGUGGCCGGGUCCAACACCUGGCUGUCCGGCGGACGGAAGCGCGCCAACCGCUGGAAGCAGUGGUGGAAGAAAUCCUUCCGCCCGCCCUCGCAGAAGCAGAUCGUGGAGGAGGAGGAGCAGGAGGAGCAGGCGCUGAUGGCUGCUGCGAACACCGGCAGCGUUGGUGCGGACCAAAACAACUUCUACGACAGCACCGCCGACGAUGUCGAUGGCCCUCCACCCCAGGUGGGAACUACUACGAGAUCCGCCCAUUCCACCGGGUCCCCGCACGACAAUUCGGACAGCGAAGCGGAGUCCGACGCUUGCGCCGUUCCCGCCUUUCUGCAGCUGAAGCCGAUCUGGCUGCCGGCCAGUUUUUGCGGUCUGAAGGUGUCCAACGAGACGGGGGGCAACUGGGUCGAGGAGUUUGCCAACUGGCGCGCCCUCGCCCGCGACGUCGCGGAGGUGCAGGGCUACUUCACCAUCGCGCUGCUGCAGAUGUGGAACAUGGAACUGUCCCAGGCCCGCAUUCAGGAAAAUCUCCAGUGGCGCAGCCUCUCGCAGUACAGCAGCGCGGUCUACUCCGACGACGGCGUCGAGUCCGACGAGUACGAAGCAUCGGAGGACGCGCACCUGUACCGGGUGGAGAAGGAAGAAGGUACAACUGCGCCCGCCCACAAGCAGAAGCAGAAGUUGUUCACGGAUCGUGUCUCCGCGGCUUCUUCCAUGAUGCUCACCCGCUUCACGCUGUUCUGGAAGUACCAGUACUUGAUGAACGUCUCCGUCAGCGGGGGUUGCAGUCCCGGGUUGCUGGAGUCGCUCUUCUGUGUGUACCUUUUGUUGCAACUUCCGCUCCUCGAAUCCGGACGCGAGCCCGCACAGCCCUUACCGCUGAUGAUUUUCGGGUUUUUGGCUCUGUACGUCGUGAUCAUGAUGAACCUGUCCGUCAUCAUUGGCGCCAGCAUCGCCGUCCAGGCGGCGCAGGGCCGCUACCAUCCGCUGUGCACGCGCAAGACCAACGCGGUCCCCGUCGUGCGGCCGGAGGACGUGGAGGAGCUGCUGAACAACUUGAAUAAAGGCGGGAGAAGCAACAAAUCCACCGUGUUCCAGCGGGCGAAAGAACAGUGCAAGCUGCUUUUCCGCGACACCAUCACCCCCGCGGCGCAGAUGGUGCCGGGGUUGAGCAACCAGCUGCGGUACACGCGCAAGACGUACUUCGUGCACACGGACGCCUGGUCGUCGGGGGAACUGUCCUUCGGGUCCCGCCUGCACCUCGGCUACCGCGUGAUGCAGGACAUGUUCGUGCAGUCGCCGCUGAUUGUCACCCCGUUCAUGCAAAUCCCCGCGGGCAUGUUCACCAUGCACCACUUCGCUUUCUCGCCGAAGUCCGUCCGCAUGUCGGGCAACGAGUUCGUGCAGCGUCAGGACAUGGCGCGACUUGUUCCCGUCAAAAAGAUCGGGAACUUCAUCAGCAGCGGCGCAGGAGCAGCCGGCACUACACGACCAGCGGUGGGCCACGGCGCUGUGGAGCAAAACCAAAACGCGCCCCCAGCGCCGAUCCACAUCCACCUGAAUCCUUCGAUGCACCUGCGCGGGAGCUGGAACCUGCGGAAGAAGGAUAUCAUGGCCUCGGACCCGGAGGCGGAGCAGCAUGAUUUUUCGAGUGCAGCCGCAUCUACCUGCGACGGCGCGGAGGCCGUGCCCUUCCUGUGCAACUCGUCCUCCGGCCUCGAGGAAACGCAGUCCGCGGUGUCGUCGUCGAACAGUGGUGGAGAUCAUUCGGUGCAGCAGGAGGCUGUGCGCGGCGUGUCCGCGCUGGUGACAGGGAAGAAACCCAUUUACCGCAAGUCCCGCGCGCUGGCGACGCAGACCACCAUGGCGUCUUCGGGUUCCGGCAGUGGCCGGUACUCCUCCACUUCGGACAACAGCUCGUCCUCGCGGGAGGUGUCCUCUUCCUCCGACGAAUUCGCGAACCGGCAGCUGCCUCCGGUGCAAGAGCAGCAACAAGAUGAAACGGUUGACUCUGUAGUUCCGUUGUCUGCGGAGGGAGCAGCGCCGGAAGAAGCGGGCUCCAGCACCUCGCGUCGUCCCGCAGCGACCUUCCUCGAGGGGUCGCACUUCCGCGAGUCGCUGCGCGCGUUCACAGCCCACUGGUCGAGCUCCGGCACCACGUCCGCGGCCAGCUCCGUGAUCGGCAUGCCGACACCGAAGACGAGCGGUUUCUCCAGCAUGCUGAAACCGGUGAAAAGCGAGUCGGACAAGGAAGCGCCGAAGACGAAUUCCGAGGACGAUCUUCACGGUGCAGCUGUAGCCCGAGGACCAGAAGGCGUCGAGAGCCAGACCGCAACGGGGGACUGGAAGAAGCGCGCCGGCGGCGGGAGAUCGACUACAGGGAACAAUCAGCCUGUGCUGCGCUUCAAGAUCCACAACGACAGCGCGUCUGAGAUCGAGCGGUUCCAAAUCCACAGCGAAAACGCUACGGACUCGGAACAAAACAAUUCUGCGUCCACCCCUGGGGCCGCGUCGAAGCGUGGCGCAACGGUCUGGGACGAUGAGAAGAUCGACGAGUUUCUGUUGCAGGUAAACACCGCGGCGCUGCUUGUCCAAGACGCGGAGCAGGAGAAAGCGGUCGAAGCGGAAAAGAUCAACAGCAAAAAGAACGCAGCGCGUAGUUCUCUUGGUCAACGCCAGCGCUCGACGCGCACGCCCUCUUGUUCUACUUCCGGCACCAGCUGCUCGUCCUCCAGCAACCACGAUACGCUCGUUGUUCCGUCCUCCUCGGACGAGGCCGCGGCCGCGCGGAAGACGACCAAGGACGACAUGCUGCUGUACCCGGAGCCGAACUCUGACGAAAUUUUGUCCGUUGUGUCCGAGGCGCGCAGCCUGGAACCACCGGCAGCCUUUUCGGCGGUGAAGAGUGCGAUUGACGUGGAUGGGAAUAACAUUUCGGUUGAGCGUCGGCCGAAACCUGCAGCUGAAUCCGGUCCCCCUGCUGCAGCAGUCGACUGGACCACGCAGAUGAAAAAAACCAAGCGGAACACCUCAGGAGGAGGUUCGCGGACGCCCCGUCGUGCUGCCGGACGGAUAGUUCAAAAACGGGAGGGCAGUGCUGUUGUGGACCACGAAAAGGAGCACGCGACCAUCAUUGUGGACGAAGACGGGGCGCAGCGCGCGCUGCAGCCGGUCGCGCGGCACGUCUCGAGCCACAACGUGGCGGCCGACCUUGGCGAAUUGAAAAACGCCAACGACGACAGCAACGCCAACCACGCACGGAGUUCCGACCCGAAUUCGCGCAAAAAAUCGAAGUCCCGCGGCAAAGGCGGAGCGCCAGCGGGCUCGCGAUACAACUACAAACGCUACAACGGUGGUGCUGGUGGUGGAACUAACAACUCCUACUACAACAACGGAGGCAGUAGCGGGAAUUACUACAACGCCAACAGCAACUACUACAAUGGGGUGAGUAGCAAACACUACUAAAUUUUAUCGGUAUAAUAUUCUCCAACUCUAUCUCUAGGAAGGAUGUCAACGGAGACGGACACCGAAAAAAAAAAUUGUACUUUUUUACGUUCACUUUCAAAACUUGUUUGUUUUUAACAUGAUUACACAUCGUUUUCGUAGGGCAUUUUCAUCUUUCAGAAGAUUUCAUAGAAUUAUGUGCAUUCUCCUGUUCUUUUUCAUGCACAUUGUGCACAACUACUUUUUUGCUAUAUGCACAAAAAAAAAAUAGCAGACGCUCGCAAAAAUACAAAAACACAAAAAACAUCGAAAAACAAAAAAUCAAACAAAAAUAAUAUGCAAUACCUUACAAGUGCUCAAGUGGAGCAGAGAAUUCUUUACACCAUCAGGGUUUAGGACUAUGUCAUAAGGUAGGGUCAGGGUCAUCUAGGGUUUUCCAAGCAUCCGCUCGCGAUAAAAAAACUGCUACGACUAUCGCCGUCGCAGUCUGGACAAAUUGAAGAAAUUUAAGAGUUUUUGUUUGCCUUUAUUGCCUAAAAAAAGUAAAACACUGGAGCGAGCUACUUUUUCGCCACUGAUAGAAGGCUCCAGUAGACGAUCUAAUGAGUUAGAGUUUGUUUAGCUUGUUUCUUCUUGACGGCUUACAGUGGAACUACAGGAGUGACUUCCUUUGUCCUCCCUUUUGAGUCAAGGUAACGUAACAAUCACAAGACUUUGACAGGUUUAAAGGCCAACUCAUGUGAAAAUCUGGAAACGCAAACAUCAUUGCACUAAAAUUAAACACCAGCUCUAUACUUUGUAGUAUGUUUCUUGAAAGAGUAAGAGUAUCAGCAUUACAAUACGAAGUUGUAUAACGAAAUCAUCACUACUACAGCUAACAAUAAACAUCUAUUUCUAUGCCAUAAUAUCGUGAUGAAGGUUGAAAAAAUGUCAUCUGCAGCACAAACUAAUCUCUACUUGACCACCAAUCGCAAUCGUUUCUAAAAAGUCGACAUAGUUAGUAGAGCAGUCAGGACGCAGGCAAAGCUUGCGGGGAAGGACGCACACCUGGGAGUGGGACUCCUGACCGAUGCAUUGUGUGGACUCGGAUCGGAGAAGGAAGCAGGAACGAGGAUUGAUAAAAGGCAAUCAAUUUCCGAUUACUCUGAUUGACGACGCAGAAUACGCACUAGUAGUUUUGGGUUUUUGCGAAGUUGAUUGCGUAUCGUGGUGGCUGAUUUAAUUCAUUACAAUUACUUUAAACCUCACUAGUGCGCGGAUUCUUGACUUUGAAGGCAUGCUUUCUCUCUCACGCUGUCACGCAUCAGUGUAAAAAUCAGUCACGUAUUAUUAAAUUCGAAACGCAUUUUUAAUCUGAGUUCCUGUGGCGACAAAACGACAAAGGACACCAACUACAAGGAACGAAAAUAUGCAUUUCUUGUCGUGCCGGUGCCUGUGAAGACUUUUGUUUUAUUUCUUUUUGCUGCGUGGUGACAUUGAGUCUGUUGUUAGUGUUGGCUAUGGCUUUUCGAACGAAAAGCUCGGACAAGAGUGUUCAUGUUGUAAGCUGAGACCUCUAGAGUCGGAUCAACUCUAGUGCCAGAGGAGUGGACAAAAGCAAAAGAAGUCGGUAAAGCCGGAGCGGACGUCGAGCGUGAGUAGACGUUGUCUUUGGCGAGGAUAAAUUUGAGUUGCACAAUGGGGCGAGAGCAGGGAUAGUACAGGUACAGAAAAU